GCAAAUAAAAAAUUUUGUGGGCAAACAAUCGCGUCGGAUGCUAAUCAAUAUUUAGGCGUCCGUGAGAAAUUUAUCAAAAUACCGAUAGUCGACAAUAGAGAGCCGAGGAAGGAUUUAAUCGCACGUAUCGAAGCUGUUACGCUGAAGAUAAUAGAACAGAUAUCAAGUGAACAGGCACCAUGUAUAUCGUACUUUAGUGGUCCAAAUGAUAUUUCGAAAUCGAGUACACGUAAAGAAAAUAUUUAUCCAGGAUGCUCAGUCGAUCCAGAUUCACAAGUCCGAGAGAAAACGAUGUUUUUCAAUGAUGCUUUAACUGACUUUGUCGAAGAGCAAGAUACAAAUAAUAAAGAUACUCAGAAUUUAGAAAAGACAACCGUCGAUUUCGCAGUGAAAAGCAGCAGAAAUAAAUUUGUUCUAAUGAUGGUGAUAAUGGCGGAAGUUCAUCAUUUGUUGCUAAUGAACACCACCAAGACCCGACGAGCGUUUUAUUAUGAUUUAAAGAAAGAGACAACCAAUUAUUUGGUAUCUAAUCAACGAUAUGUCGAUCGUGCGUUGAAUGACAUCGCUAAUUUGUUAGAAUGCGCACCAUGGGAUUUGAGACUACUGGCAACAGCUAAAGGAUUGGUGGCAGGAAAUAUGACCAUCACACUAGUCGAUAAUCAAGUUAUUGAUUGUACGAUACCAGGCGGCGCGCAAAUUCCGCAAAUUAUUUCAAACAUAAUUUCCAUUCGUGUGAAAGCCGAGUUCGUCUUGGUCAUUGAGAAGGACGCAGUCUUCCAAAAGUUGCUCGAGGAAAACUGUUCUCGCUCCCUAAAAUGCAUUCUAGUGACGGGAAAGGGUUAUCCGGAUGUAGCUACGAGGAUGUUUGUCAAGAUGUUAUCCGGAAGGAUGGAAUUGCCGAUUUAUAUAAUUGUAGACGCGGAUCCUUUCGGCAUAGACAUUAUGUUAAUUUAUCGCUUCGGUUCAUCGACCCUUUGUAAAGAAAACGAGAGCUUGGCUUGUCCUAACGCACGUUGGCUCGGAAUCCACCCCUCGGAAUUGAUUCCUAUAGGAGCAAAAACAAUCCCGCUCACUAAAGCCGAUCUCAUAAAGUUGAGAUCCAUCGAAGCCCGAAGUUACGUAAACGAAGCUAUAUCAAAGCAGCUGAACAUAUUACGGAAGGGCAAGGCUGAGAUGGAGACAGUGUCCUCCUUUUCAAAAAACUUUUUUACCGAGACGUAUUUAUCUUAUAAAAUAGAUGGUCAGGAUUAUAUUUAA